AUGUUUCAAGAAACACCAUCAUCGUUUCAGGAUGUGAUACCCGAAAAGAUGGCGAUCUAUUGUGCCGGAGUUGUCUUCAACACUGCUAUCAAGACCGGAACCUCAGCAAACCUAGAUCGUCGAGCAGCUAUGCUAUACGAAACAAGUCUUCAGCUCAUUGGGCAGCAUGUUGAUGCAUAUUCCAACAACACCGCAUCGCUUAUUGCAAUGGCUGCUAGCAAUAACUUGGCUCAAAUCGAGUUGGAGAAAGGGCUGGUGGAACAAGCAUGCAAAAGGCUACAAGCUCUAAAAUUUCCUAUGCAAUCUCUGCGAUCCGUCGUCCCUCACAUUUUCACAGUGCAUGAAUUCCAAUGCAUGCUAUCAAAUACUCUCUCAACAGAAGGCGUGACUGUGUCACCAGCUGCCUAA